UUCCAAGUCCCCCAGCAGCAUCCAACUACUCGACAAAAGAAAACGCGAGAAAACGAGAGAAAUUUUUUCUGUUACCAAACACUCCCACUCUGAUUUUUCUUCGGAAACUGCCAUGAAUGGCGAGGGAAAAGGGCCCGAUGAAGCUGUGGUAAUGGAAGGGGUUAGGGAGAAAUUGGUGUUCAUGAUGGGCUACCUUCCCGGAGCUCUGCCCCAGCGGUCGCCGCUGCUGUCUCCAACAGCCGUCCGAUCACCGGCGUCGAUUCACGCUUGGAGGGACGUGUGUGGUGGUGGUUGCGGUUUCGCCAUGGCCAUAUCUGAGUCUGGAAAGCUCAUCACCUGGGGUUCAACGGAUGAUCUAGGUCAAAGCUAUGUGACAUCUGGAAAGCAUGGGGAAACGCCUGAGCCUUUUCCUCUUCCCACUGAAGCUUCUAUAGUGAAAGCUGCAGCAGGUUGGGCCCAUUGUGCUUCUGUCACAGAGAAUGGAGAAGUUUACACAUGGGGAUGGAAAGAGUGUGUUCCCUCUGGAAAGGUCUUUGGAGAUCCAUCAGUAGGAGGAAGCCUAGAAAAGGAUGUAUUUGAAAGGCAGAGUUCAUUUUUGACAGAACAAGUGAGCCCUCGUACUCAGGGCUCUAGAUCCACUGCUGGAGGUGUGUCAGGGACUGACAGUAAAGGAGGUGGUGAGGAAAGCACAAAGCGACGAAGAAUGUUGUCAUCUAAGCAAGCAGCUGAAAGCUCAUCUGGGGAUGAAACUCUCUCAGCAUUGCCAUGUCUGGUCACGCUGAAUCCUGGUGUGAGGAUUGCUAAUGUUGCUGCUGGCGGGCGUCAUACUUUAGCAUUGUCAGUUUCAGAUGUUGGACAGGUGUGGGGUUGGGGCUAUGGAGGUGAGGGGCAACUAGGUUUGGGUUCCCGGAUACGUAUGGUAUCCUCUCCUCAUCCUGUGCCUUGUGUUGAGUCCUCAUCCUACGGAAAAGAGAGAUCUUCAGCACUUGCUCGAGGAAAUGUCAGUACAGAGGGACAGAGUCUGAGAGUCCCUGGAAGUUAUGUGAAGUGGAUUGCCUGUGGUGGCCGACACAGUGCAGUAAUCACAGAUGCUGGAGCACUACUUACGUUUGGUUGGGGACUGUAUGGACAGUGUGGGCAAGGAAGUACUGAUGAUGAGCUAAGUCCAACUUGUGUAUCUUCCUUACUGGGAAUUCAGAUAGAGAGAGUUGCUGCAGGCCUGUGGCACACUGUCUGCAUUUCUGCUGAUGGUGAUGUCUACACAUUUGGUGGGAAUCAGUUUGGACAGUUAGGAACUGGUGUUGAUCAACCUGAGACUCUCCCAAGGCUCUUGGAUGCUCCGAGUUUGGAAAAUGCACAUGCAAAAAUAGUAUCUUGUGGUGCUCGGCACAGUGCUAUAAUAACAGCCGAUGGAAAAAUGUUCUCCUGGGGAUGGAACAAGUAUGGUCAGCUUGGCUUAGGGGACGUUGUUGACCGCAACAUUCCUUCUCAAGUCACUCUUGAUGGUUGUACACCAAAAAAUGUUGCAUGUGGGUGGUGGCAUACUCUUCUGCUAGCUGAAUCACCCACCUGAGUCCCUAACUUCCUAGAGGCCUCAGCACAGUUUUGUUAGGUUAGUAGUUGUCUUCGAUUAGUAGAUCACAAAUAUGUAUAUGUACAUUCAAUAGCUUGUAUACAUAUACAUAUAUGCAUGUAGUCAUUCUUUCAUGGCUGAUGUUCACCAUGACUAGUCCCAUCCCUCUUGCAAGAAAGAAAUAUUAGCUGCGAGAUGUACAACACGUUUUUAGUUCAUUGUGUAUACCUUCAUCUGAUGCAAUUUAAACUAUCUAAUGUAAUGAAAAUGCCUUGAAGUGUUAUUAAGAGUAUCCUUAUUUAUUGAA